CGCGGGUGGCGGACGUUCGGCGGAAAAACUUGGAGGCUGCGGUCCCAAAACGAGCGAAGAAACUUUAACUGAAGCCGAAACUGAAACUGAAACUAAAACCAAAACCAAACUCAGACCAAACGAGACUUAAAAGAGAAAAGCGAAGAACGUGUGAUAAGAACAGCAGAAACAACAACAACGACAACAGCUACAACAACAGCAGCAGCAACCAAUGUUGACUUUUGAUUUUCGAGCGCGUGUGUUUGGAUUUAUUUCUUUGCCAUUUAUAAUAUUCGUGCAAAACAAAACAAAAGCAUAGUAACAACAACUAAACGUGGUUCAACUAAUUCGUUAAUUUUUGUUUUCACUUUUUUUUACUGUGCGUACGAGUGUGUGUGCGUGUGUGUGUGCGUGCGUUAGUUUUGUUUGCUUUUUAAUUAGUUUCGACUCUUGUUUUGAUUUUUGUCAUUCCCUCUUCUUUUUUUUGAGCGAGAGAUCUUUCUGUUUUGUGUUUUAACAGAACAAAACAAAGAAGCAGGCGAAACGAGAGCGAAAACAAGCAUGUGGCAGCCAUGAGGCGGCAGCGCUCCACUCGCCGCCAGCUGUUAUUAUGUCCGGCCACUUGUUGCAGGCAUUCAUGAUGCAACUGAAACUGCGGCGACCGGCGGCACAGCAAACUCGAUUCCAGUCUCCACUGGGCUGCGGCCACGAAAAACACUCAUACGCCAUGUGGGCGCGAGGCGAUCGGUGGAUGUUGCAAGAACGGCAGCCAACAACAACAGCAGCGACGGGCGCCACACUGGCCCACGGCCAAGGCUAGGGCUAAGGCUAGGGCCACUGCCACAGCCACAGCCACCGCCACACAGCACCACCACCACCCCAAACCAAACCAAACCACCCACACCACCAGCAGCUAUAGUAAUACAAAACACAACACAACCACCACCACCACCGCCACCAGCAGACACAACAACAACAAAGGCUGCAGGAACAACAAAAACAACAACAACAACAUUCAACUGAAACAUCAAGGAAAGUUGAAGAAUUCCGUUGAACUCGAACGAAACGAAAAUAUCAAGGAAAUGUCUGAGUCGCGCCGACAGUCGGUGAGCUCCAGGGCGAUGCCGCCGGGCGUUCUGGUCAACGAUAGCCGGGCGAACUCCACCGAUGACAUCCAGAUCGCCUUGGCGCCCCACAUCCAGACCUACCUGAGCCAGACUGGCCGGCGGCACUCCUGCUGCAGCGUGAUGCUCCCAGUGGCCUUCGAGCGGGCGGCGGCCAAGUCCUGGCUGGACCCCAAGUUCGACUCCCCGGUCCUCGAGGAGCAGUACCAGGCCAGCGUCUUUCCACACGUCCGGAUGCGGUACAGGUUCACCCUCUCGUACAUCCUGCUCUGCUCGCUGAUGUGGUGCCUGUACUUCGUGGUGGAUGGCGGAUCGGAGGACUUCUGGCGCCCCAUCUCCAGCUCCUUCUCGAUGCUCUCGCUGGUCACCAUCAUGGCGUUGUGCUUCACCCACUGGGACCUGUACAGGGAGCACCGAACGGUGACCUCGGCGGUGACCGCGCUGCUCCUCUGCGGCGCCUCCUUGGCCUUCCUCACCUACACGGGCAGGGCGUUCAGUCCGCUGGGCCACUUCGCCAUCUGCCUGGAGAUCGUCCUGCUGAUCUACACGGCGUUGCCCAUGCCCUUGUGGCUGGGCGCCAGCACUGCGAUCAGCUAUUCGAUUGCCUUCGAGAUGGUCUCGCACAUGGUCAUCGGAUGCAGUGCCAUUCAUGGCGGACCCAUGCACGGAGGAGCAGGAGAAGCAGCAGGAUCGGGAGGAUCGGGAGUGGAGGCGAACGGAGAUCCCAGCAAUAGGAUACUCAUCCUGCGGAUCAUGGCCCACCUGAGUGUGCAUUUGGUGGGCGUGCAUGUGCUGAUCAUGAAUCUGGUGCGCAUGCGCGGCACCUUCAUGAAGGUGGGUCAGAAUCUCCUCGUGCGUCGCCAAUUGGAGAUGGAGAAGCAGCUGAAGGAGAAGAUGAUACACUCGGUGAUGCCGCCGAAAGUGGCCGAUAUGCUGCUCAAUGAGGGUGGCCCGUCGGGUCUGGAUGCCAGUGGAUUGCCACCGGAAUCGCACUACAUGCGACCACGUGCCUCCAACGAUGUGAAGUCCCUGUUCCGACCCUUUCACAUGCACAGCAUGGAGAACGUAAGCAUCCUGUUCGCGGACAUCGUCGGCUUCACCCGCAUGUCCUCCACGAAGACAGCCGAACAGCUGGUGGAGAUACUCAACGAUCUCUUCGAGCGUUUCGACGACCUCUGCUCGCUGAGUGGCUGCGAGAAGAUCUCCACGCUGGGCGACUGCUACUACUGCGUGUCCGGUUGUCCAGAGCCACGGGCGGAUCAUGCCAUUUGCUGCGUGGAAAUGGGUCUGGGCAUGAUCGAUGCCAUGCGCUGCUUCGACGCCCAGCGCCACGAGGGCGUCAAGAUGCGAGUGGGCGUCCACACGGGCACCGUUCUCUGCGGCAUCGUCGGCACGCGGCGGGUGAAGUUCGAUGUGUGGAGCAACGACGUCAGCCUGGCCAACAAAAUGGAAUCCUCGGGAAAACCGGAGCAGGUGCACAUCUCGCAGGAGACAUCCAGCUUUCUGGGCGAUGCCUACUAUCUGGAGGAGGGCGAGGAGGUGUUUGGUCAUCGCACGUACUUCGUGGUGGGAAGACGACGCGACUUCACACGCACCAACAGCCUGAGUCCCAGCAUGCCGGCGAAUGCCACUGGCAGCUCCCUGCUCUUGCCCGGCGCCCAUGGCGCCUCCCUUUCGCAGAGUGCCACCAACGUGUCGGUGGUGCAGCCGAACGUUCCACCCGCCUCGCCGGUGGGUCAGCUGUCCAGCUCGCUGAAUCCCUCGCCGGUGCUCUCCAUGCGACCGCGUCUCACCUCGCUGAGCAUGAAGAUGCGCAAGAAAUCGCAGAACCGCGACCGCGAUGUGGAACGUGGCAUUAUCCAUCCGGCGGCCGCGGGCGUUCCUCCGGUGAUUGUGGUACGGGAGCGCCCCAAGAUCAUCAUCACCACCAAGUCGCUGCCCGGCAGCCUGGACUCUGAUGAACAGCCGCCAGUCAGUCCACCGUUGCCACCACCGGCAAAUCCUCCAGCGACGGAAACGCGUUCGAAGAUCAAGCUAAAGGUGUGGAAAAUUCCACGAUUUCUCAAGCGAUUCGAGGAUUUAACCAACAGAAGCAGCUGCGGCAGCAUCUCAUCCGCCGCUCAUCUGGAGAAGGAAAGGGAGAGAGAGCGGGAGCGGGAGAAGGAGGAGCUGCACCAUCAGAACCAACUGAAUCCCGAGGAGACGUUGGCAUUCAUGGACAACCAGAUGCAGAAUGGCAACGGCUGUGGCUAUCAGCAGCUGCCCGUUUUGGUAGAGUCCAACCAUCGCACCCAGACCCUGGACAUCCCGGCCGCUCGUCCGGUGCUCCAUCAUGCAGCUACAUCCACGGCACUGGCCAGCAGCGUGCUCCGAUCGCCGGAGGCGGCCGUCAGUGGAGGCGGGGGAUGCUGCUCCCCUGGUCAGUUCUCCAUGUACGACGACAUCAUCGAUGUGCGAUCCUACAUCAGCCAGUCAAGGAGCGACAUAUCGCCAUUCGGUCGUUCGGGCAGCUAUAGAUCGCAAUGUGGCCGCCAGUCAACGGGAGGGGUGAACGGAGCAGGAGGAGCAGCGGGAGCAGCAGGAGUUGGGACCGAGGGAAGAGCUGGUACCUCCCAGGCAGCGCCACCAGUGGAGCAAUCGCCACUACCGCGGCCACGAGCCUCCACUUUGGCUACCGGAAGACCCACACCGAAUAGCCUGGAGCCGGGCACUUCGUCCACGAGUCCCUGCUGCUUGCCAGCUCCGGGCAACUCCGGCGGAUGUGGUGGCAUCUUCCCGCCCACACACUCGCGCCAGUCGAGCAUCUGCCCAUCGGCCACUUCGCGCAAGGAUUCCGGCAUCAAGAGCAACUCGCGCAGAUCCUCGAUCCAGCAGCAAAUCUAUGCACUCAACCAGACGGCGAUUAGUCAACACAGGGUCUCCGGUUACUUCACCAGCUCCACGUCCAGCAUCUCCAAUUUGGGCGAGGUGCAGGGACUGGGACUUCCGCUGGCGGUGCAACCACCACCGCCUCUCCUGAUGCCCGCCUGCUCCUCGCAAAUGGCGGAUCCACUGGCCGCCUGCCUGCAGCAGUUGCGCAAGCAAUCGGAUCUCCAGCUCAUCCGUUGCGUGCGGGAUAAUGCCAGGUCGCAGAGGAGCUAUCUGGUGAAGCCGCCGUUGCGGAAAUUCAGUCUGUACUUCAAGUCACGGCAGUUGGAGCGCGAUUUCCGGUCGAAGGCCCAUCGCUUUGGAGCGGAAAAUGAGACGGAAGGACCGCCGACUUUGGCCACGCCACGCUAUAAUACCUACAUAGACAUAUUCGUGGGCAUUGCGGUCUAUCUGUGCAUCUCCGUCUCACUGUUCCUGAUGACCCAGAACACGGUGUCGCCGAGCUUCCGGCUGUGGGUGACCCUGUUCUCCUGCUUCACGGGCAUCCAAGUGUUCGCCCUCUUCCUGUUCACCAGACAAAUGUGUCGCCGGCAGAGCGGGAGCAAUGUCAGCAAUCGAUUCAGAUCCAAGUCGACGACCAGUGAGGACUUGGAGCGUGAGGAGCGUGGAGGUGGACCCGGGGGAACACCACACUUCGAGUCCUGUGCCGAUCGCAUUUUCGAGGCCAUAUCCAGCUGGUAUCCGUGGCACAUUUGCCUGGCCGUUCUGAUGGCCAUGCCCGUGCUGCUGAUCAUCGCCAACUUCCUGCUCCUGGACCUGGAGCAACUGGAGGCGUUUGAGUACCACUAUGGAUUCCUGAUCUUUGUGUGCAUCGUGCACUUCUGCAAUUUCACACAGCUCAAUUGCUGGGUGCGGAAUGUGCUGGCCUUUUUGGCAGCACUCUGCUUCAUUGGCAUUGCAGUGUCCCAGUUGAUGGUCUACAGUCACAAUCGGAGUGACCAGCAGCAGGAUCAGGAGGCGUCGAACUUCAUCCAGGAGAUCAAGUGGUUCCAGGACUAUCAUGUGGAAAUCUAUCUGGAUCUGCUGCUCAUCCUGGUGUUGGUCUGGUUCCUGAAUCGCGAAUUCGAGAUUGGCUACCGCCUGACCUUCUACGGCAAUGCGGUGGCCAACCAGGAUAAGGUCCGGGUGCAGAACAUGAAGAACCAGGCGGACAUGCUGCUCCACAACAUUAUACCCAAGCACGUGGCCGAGCAUUUGAAGAACACGGCCAAGUACUCGGAGAACCAUCACAACAUAGCCAUCAUCUUUGCCUCGAUCGUGAACUUCAAUGAGAUGUACGACGAGAGCUAUCUGGGUGGCAAGGAGUUCCUGCGAGUGCUCAACGAACUGAUUGGCGACUUUGAUGAGCUGCUCUCGCGUCCGGAAUUCCGAGCUGUGGAGAAGAUCAAGACAAUUGGGUCAACCUUCAUGGCGGCCAGUGGAUUGGAUCCAUCACAUCGGGGAACGGGCAACGAGCAUAUUCACACCCUGAUGGAGUUCUCGAUCGCCAUGCAGGAGGUGGUGGAUGCGUUCAACAAGGAUCUGUUGGAGUUCAACCUCAUCCUGCGGAUUGGCAUGAACAUUGGCGAUGUGACGGCGGGUGUGAUCGGUACUAGCAAGCUGUACUACGAUAUUUGGGGCGAUGCUGUCAAUGUGGCCUCCAGAAUGGACUCCACCGGGCUGCCGAAUCGCAUCCAGGUGGGCAAGGAUUGCCUGCCCUUCCUCACCAAUCGCUAUGAGUUCGAGCCACGUGGCAGUGUCUAUGUAAAGGGCAAGGAUCACAUGGAGGUGUUCCUCUACACGGCACGACGAGAUAAUCCACUGGAUGAUGAUGAAGCCGAUAAGGUGGAGCAGUUGGCGACCAAGAAGAAGGAGUACGAGGAGCGUGAUGAGGAUGUGGUGCAGGACGAGCAGCAGGAGGAGGACGAUGACGAGGAGGAGGAGGAGGAUGACUUGCACUCCAGUGAGACCACCACGCUCUUCAAGUCGCAGGAAUCGCUGCAGGCGAAUGGUGGCAGCCACUUGGCUCCCACCGCCUCCGCCUCCGCCACAACCACCAGCCACACCCACACGCACGCCAUUACCCUCGCCAACAACAACAACCAUAACAGCAGCAACAACAACAACGACAUUGGCACCAGCACCGCAACAACAACGGCCAACAACAACUCAAUGCCAGUGGAAACUUAGGAAAACUGUGGCAGGGGGCAGGGUAGCAAGGCACUUGAAAAAUGGUUUCAAAAUUGCAUUUAAUGACUCUAACGGUGGGGCAGCAAGUUUCCCAGACAACCAGACAACCAGACCAUCCAACAACCACAAGUGGCUAAGAGUAUGGAGCUGGGGCCAGAAAACCAAACCGGAUCCAGAGGAUACUAAAUCAGAGGGGCGGCGCGACGCGGGGCGGGGCGAGGGAUUUCCCAGGGGGAUGGGGGUUGAAAAUGAAAAAAAGCAACCGUGUUUUUUGUGAUAUAAAUGAAUAUGAAUAGAUAGAAACGUUAGGAACGAUAGAAUCGGGUUAAAGUUGCUAGUGAUUGAUUGGUUGAAUGAUCCAACGAUUGAUUGUGGAUAACUGCGUUUUUUUGGGGUAUUCCAAAUCCAACCAAAAGCAGACCAUCAAAUAUUCGGCAUAUACGAAAUAUGUGUGUAUUUAAGUGUACUAGCCAGUUGACUCAUCUGCACAACCAAACGAAAUGCUUUCUUUCCAUUCUACCACUGUUUUUUUUUUUCAAAUAGUUGUAACUAAACUUAAUUAAACUAAUGGAAAUACGUGGCUUUAAAUGGUAGUAGCGAAAUAUAGAUGUGGAUUGUAUGUAUGUAGAUUCAAUGUACCAUAGAGUUAACCCACUAUAUGCAUAUGCAUAUGCAUAUAAGUAACUAAAUAACAAUUUUUUUUGAGCCAACGAAUGGAUAUUACCUGUAUGUAUUGGCUGUUGUUCAAUGUUGAUCAGUGAGUGUAUAUAAAUGUAUUUAGCUAAAGUUAAAUGAUUGCUGAUUGUGUCUCGCAGACGAAGGUCUGUUUUGCCAUAUAAGCGGGUUUUUUUUUGGUCUGCAGGGGCUUAUGUCUGAUUUCGAAGAAUCAUAACCAAAUGUCUUGAUCAUUGUGUCGUCCGAUUAUAGCUAUUACAGUAAAUGGGGUGGAAAUUGGUUUCCCAGUGUAGUUAAUUUUUUUUUUUAAUUUUUUGGUUGUAAAAUGGUUAUAUUUAACGAUCUACAUAUGUAGUUAUGACAUGCAGCUUUUACAUCAAAUGUAGCCCAGCAAACGACCGAAAAGUAUGCACCAAAAUGCUUGCCAUACACACACAAAGACACGCACUCACCCACCAAAAAAAGCUUUCACCUCACUCACACACACGCACACACACACACACGCACACACACACACCAACCCCCAAGAUGCCGGAAAAAAUAAUUUUUUAGCCUUUUGUAUAAGUUUUGUAUACAAACACACCUUUUGUGCAAUGCAAUGCAAUGCAAUUGCCAGUUUCUAAUGGUACACUUAAGCAAAACUCUAUUUCCGCCACAAAAGAAUAAGACAAAAUUCAAAUAAAACAAAAAAAACUAAAAUCAGUGAAAAUAUAUUGCAAUGUAAACGUGUAUGUGUAUCGAAACCUAUGGACCCUAUUGUAUUUUUAUAUUAACAAAACAAGUAUUUUCUACUAAUUUAUUGAACGAAAAAAAACUAAAAAGACGUACAUUUUUUUCUUGUCUUUUUGAAACCUCUAAGUGUACAUACUACAUGAUAUACAUAUAUAUACAACAUAUAUAUAUGAAUAUUUAUAUUUAUAAUUGUAUAUUUUUAUAAAACAAAAACGAAAACGAAACUGAAGAAAAAAAACAAUUGAACUCAAAGAGCGAAUGAUAUUUAUGAGAAGUCUAGCAGUCAGUCCUGUUUACGAUGUGUAGAAAUGUUUAAAUGUUGUUAACGCUGAGAUACAAACAGCAGCCAUCCAUGGCCAUAACCAAAUGUAAAUGGAUCCUACGUGUGUCCUACGUGUGUUUUAGCAAACGAUUUCAAAGAGUUUAUCGAAAUGUUAUAGGCAAACCUACUAAGCGAGAUGUGUAGAAAUAAAAAUAAACCAAGGC